GUACGUAUUAAUACUGUCAACGCAUUAUUGUCAAACAACCGACUCUCAUUGUUUCAACUUUAACAAAUGUCUUCGGCAAGUUGUUGCAAAUCGAGCUCCUACGGAAACGAAGAGAAAAUGACUGAAAUCAAAGAAAGCAAACUGCCAAAGCCGCCGGUUCCCGAGCUCUCCGUCACUCUAAACAGAUUCUUGGAAGGAAUCAAAGCAAUCGUCCCCGGUGACAAAUACCAGGAAGCUCGUAGAUUGGUCGAAGAAUAUCAAAAGUCGGGCGAAAUGCAAAAGCUGCAGGAGUUCUUGAAGAAAUAUGCAGAAAGCAAAGAAAAUUACGUAACUGGAUUCUGUACGAACGAUAUGUAUUUAAAAAAUCCUUUGCCUCUGCCCAUCAACUCCAGUCCGUUCUUUCUGCUGCCGAAACAAGAAUUCAAAACGGAUGACGAAAGAUUUCGAUUCAUUGCCAAAUUUAUCAUCUUUUCGCUUAUGUUUAAGGAAGAAGUUGACAGAGGUAAAUUAAAACAGGAAUUUGCUGGAGGACAAGGGAAAGGUAAUGCGCUUUCCAUGGCCACGUAUCAUCACUUCUUCGAGGCUUACAGGAGACCAGGCGCGAUUAAAGACGAGCACAUUUUUAGAGAAGGAAACCGAUAUAUCAUUGUGGUGUGCAACAAUCAGUUAUUUCAAAUGAAAACACCUGGUGGAUCAGGUCAUCCAAGAGAAGAAAUUCUGGUAGAAGAACUCAAGAAAAUCGAAGCGCUAAGUAAGCAGGAGCCACACUAUCCGCCAGUGGGUAUUCUCACGGCUCUCAAUCGAAAAGAAUGGGCGACGAUAAGAGAACGAAUGAUCGAAAACGAUAAUAAUAAAGAGUCCAUUCACAUUAUUGAAAAUUGCAUGUUUGUGGUGUGCAUGGACGAAUCGAACGAAGGGGCGAGGAAACAAACGACAUCGAAGAGCUUUUCGGACGUGAGUUUGGAAGAGAUGGCCCACCACAUUCUUCACGGCAAUAAAAGCGGGCAUUCCACCGGUAACAGAUGGUUCGAUAAAUUUAUUCAGUUUAUUGUGACCAAAAAUGGUGUUAACGGAAUUGUGAUCGAACAUUCGAUGUCGGAAGGGAUCACAGUUUUAAGAUUCUGUGAAAAUUUUUUGGAUUUCUUGGAAAAUGAUGAGCCCUGGCUCUCUGGUGUUAUCAGACGAUCAACGGAAGAUUACGUGACAGUUAGAAGACUUGCGUGGAAUAUCAGUGAACCUCUCGCAGAAGAGUUGAAAAAGGCAUCGGCCGUCACAGACGCAUUAAUCGAUACGCUGGAACUCAAUGUUUUUAUAUUUGACAAAUACGGCAAAGGUUUUCCGAAGAAACAAAAAAUCAGUCCCGAUGUGUUCAUUCAGUUGUGUUUGCAGUUGACAUACUUCAGAACGCAUGGCAAAGUGACGGCCACUUACGAAAGUGCCGCGUUGAGGAUAUUCAGAUUCGGUCGCUUCGACAACAUCCGCGCUUCCAGCCAAGAGGCUUUUGAUUUCUCAAAGUCCAUGUUAGAUCCUUCUCAGAGUCAGGCUGAAAAAUGGACGAAAUUUCAAAAAGCCGUGAAAAAGCAAACCGAAAUUCUUCUCUACACAAUCAACGGAGAAGGACCGGAUAACCAUCUUCUGUGCUUAAAGGAAAUGGCUGCUCUGCACGGCUUAGAAGAACCGGCACUUUAUCAAACAGAUUAUUACAAAGAGUAUCUGAAUUUCCGAUUAGUCACCAGUCAGCUUCCAACGACGUACAACAUCAAAGUUGGAUACGGUCCCGUGAUGCCCGAUGGAUACGGUUGUUCGUACAAUCCACAAGAGGAUCGUAUCGUCUUUUGCAUUUCGUCGUUCAAAAACGACCCCUCGACCGACUCGGAGAAAUUUGCACAGAACCUGGAAGUGAGUUUGAUGGAGUUGAAGGAGCUUUGUGAGAGUGGGAAGACUGCAGUUUCCACCAGCUCAUCGAGAAAGGCUGCAGUUAAAGCCGAAGCAAAGUAAUUGAAUGAAGAAAAAUGUUAGACUAAUCGGAUGUUUUCGGUUUACGCCGCAGAGUUUCUGCUUCAAAAUUACUUAAUAAUAAUGAUUUAAAAUUCAUUUAAUAAAUUUCACUAAAAG